AUGGCUAAAUUGAUUUGUAAGAGACUGGCUUUAGUUCUCCCUGAUCUUGUACAGCCAAAUCAGGGAGCGUUUGUUAAAGGUCGCUCAAUAGCCCAUAAUAUAAUGAUUUUUCAAGAUCUCAUCAAAAACUAUGGGAGGACUUCUACUUCAUCUAGAUGUGCUAUCAAGAUUGAUCUAAGUAAGGCCUAUGACACAGUAGACUGGGAGUUUCUUGAUGACCUGUUAAAAGCUCUAAGAUUUCCUAUGAAAUUCAUAGGAUGGGUUAUGUCAUGUGUUCGAAAUACAUCCUAUUCUCUACUGAUGAAUGGAAGAAUUCAAGGCAAUUUUAAAGGUGAAAAAGGGCUGAGACAAGAUGAUUUGCUUUUAUUCUGUAAAGGUUCUAUCUCAGCUAUAAGAAGUGUCAAGGAGGUUCUUGAUGAAUUUGUUGCUGCUACUGGGCUUUCAAUCAACUCUGGUAAAUCUCAUAUUUUUUUUGGUGGAGUCACUAGCAAUGACAGAACUCGGAUUGCCCAAGAAAUUAAUCUGACUAAAGGUACUUUUCCUCUUAAGUACCUUGGGGUUCCCAUGAGGCCUACCAAAUGGAGACAUGAAUAUUGUGAGAGAAGCAAGAUUCACAUCCCCUCUUGGCAGAAGGUUUGCCUCCCGAAAGCCUAUGGUGGACUGGGAUUCAGAGAUGGAGGAAGUUGGAAUCGAGCUGUUUUAGCAAAGUAUGUAUGGGCUAUAUCUGCUAAACCAGAUUUGUUAUGGGUUAAAUGGAUCAAUUCCAUUUAUCUGAAAGGAGUCAAUAUCUGGAAUUAUGAAUUGAAAGCAGAUUGUAGCUGGUACUGGAGGAAGCUCUGCCAUCUCAAAGAUCGUUUUAACCCUGCUGCUAUUCUCUCUGUUGGUGCGCAAGGGAAGUUUCAGUCUUCAAAAUUGUAUAACAUCCUUUUAGACCAGCAAAGGGUUGAUUAUUAUCGGACUGUUUGGAGUAAACUAAUCCUUCCUAAACACAGAUUUAUGCUUUGGCUGGUGGUUAACUCUCAGCUAUUAACAAGAGAUAAUCUCAGUAGGCUGCAUGUUCAUAUAAAUACAUUGAUCUGUCCGGUUUGUGAGAGAUAUCCUGAGAGUCAUUCUCAUCUAUUUUUUGACUGCAUUCUCUCUAAAGUGGUGGUUAAAAGUGUCUUUGAAUGGCUGGGGUUCGAUGCUUGGCCUAUUGAAUUUAAUAGCUGGAUGGUGUGGCUGGCUAGAGCUCGGAUUGGAGUUUCAGCUGCUAUUGUGAAUAUGGAUUUUGCUGCUGUUAUAUACAGCAUCUGGAGAAAUAGAAAUAGAUGUUUUCAUGAUGGUUAUUCUUUGAUUGUUGUGAAUCUAGUACAGGAAGUUAAAUACAUAACUAAAUAUAGGCUUUACAUAGUGACCAAUAGUCAGCUGUCUGUUAAAGACCAAGUGUAUAUUCGGAACCUUCAAUGUAAUUAG